ACGGAUGCUUUUAUUUUGAAAUGACCGGAAGUGCAGCAGUCUUCCAAGCUAGCUUUAGCUUAGCCAUAGCUACUAAUAAUGGAUGGUCGUAUUGCAGCGACGUGGAGGCCACCACGAAUGUGUGAAGACUAUUUAAAUGAAUUCAGACACUGUAAAAGUUUCAGUAAUCGUUUCCAUCACUACUAUGCAUAUGGCACCUUCCCAGCCUGUCACCAGUGGAAAGAGGACUACCAUAACUGCAGACAGUGGGAGACACACUCAAACACAGAAGCCAAGGAAGCAUUGCAGAAAAGUGAAAGGACUCGAGUGGCAGAGCAAAAAAACUUUAAACCAGUGUGGGAACUGAGACGGGAGCCUCCCAGAGACUGGCACAUGCCCCUGAACCAGGAAAACCCACGUGACUCCUGAAAUGUGAUUGCACCAUUGUUGUGACUUAAUUACGAAAGUUCCCAAAAAAAACUAAAGCACUGAGUAAUUAAAUGAGUUUAAUAUCCUGAUAUAAUAAAGUAGUGAAGACGGUG